CCUACCAUCGGUAGCAACCCCUCUAAAUGUUCUCUGCCACCCCCCUCCUCUCAUCGUCCAUCUCCUCCUCCUCCUUCCAUCCCCCCGCGAAGUCACCGGGAUAACUGCAUUUCGUGGACAGAAUCCCACAAGAACUCACGGCGAGCGGUCGCCCCUCUAACACGGCCGAUUCUCGUAUCGUUUUCGGCUUUUUCCUCUGCGUAACGCGUUAUACUGCGAGAAGGAAGGGCAGUCAUCGUGGACGGCUACCACUAUAUCCGUCGUCGUUGUCUUCGCGACGCCGCGGCACAGCCACUCCUCGGUCGCGAGCGGGGCACGCGCCAUUUCACGACAAUUAUUUCGAUAUUUGAAUUUUCAAGAGCCCGGGGGUUACCCCGUUCCUCGUGCUACUUACCAACCCCCCCUCCCUCCCCCUGUAUCCCACCCUCCUGUCACCCUCUGGUUCCGACCCAUCUAAUUGCAUUCACCGGAUAAUCGGAUUGAAAUUUUCGAAUCGAGGCCACGGUAGCGAUAACGUCCGCCCGUGAUUAACCGGCCAAGCUUUCCUCGGCCCUUACCCAGCCGCUUUCCAACCCCCUUCGCGUCCUCCCUGCCGUACGCGCAUUCGACGUCCACGCCGUAUUUCUCGCGAGUAUACGCCGAAAAAAAGACGGGAAGCUUCGGUUUACGCUUUUCCUUUUUGUCUUCGGCCGGCCACGAUAUCGGGACUUGACGCCCGUGAACUUGGAUCGAGAGGGCAACCGCGAGGACCGAGACUCGGAAGUGCGUACCAGAGCCAGUGGGAAUCACCGAUGACAUCGACCGUCGGUUGAGAACCCCUGCUUUCGGACGGAGACGAAAGGACACCAGUGUAGAUCGAACAGCUCUGAACUCACGCCCUUCGAAGGGAACCAGGAUCACUAGGUACGUCGUUCAUGGACGAUCUUUGGAGGAAAACACCGCGAUCGACUUCUUGACAAGAGAUCCAAGUGCCAGAGGGGACUCACGAGCCGAGAAACCAGCAGGAUCGGUUUUCGAACAGUGUCGAUGUUGUGUUGAAGGAGAAGUGAAUUCUGCGAACAUGUGCGCCCCGAACGAACCGUCUUGGAAGUUCUAGACUCGUGGAAGGCUCUGGGAGAGGUACUAUUCAAUUCCUGUUGUAGCCACCGACUAAAUAAAUAAAUAAGUUAAUCCACGAUCUUAUUGACACGCUAGGAGCCACCGUCGAAUAGCUAUCGGAGGCCUGCGUCUAAACCAUAGAGAUAUUUCCGAAGAGGAUCGAUUCAGACUUUAUUCGACUGGGAACUCGGGGACUCUUCGUAAAAGAGUUGGAAAGAAAAGAGACCUUGGGCAAUUUUCCAGUGAUAUUCUACAAAGAAACGAGUCUUCUGCAUCUUGCACGAGUCGAAUGUAACAUCAUCUACUACUUUGAUUCGAAGGUUAAUACUGCGACCGAUGUAAGCAAUUUGAUCCAAGUAAAUCGACGUAACGCGUCGCUAUCGGAUUCGGGGAUCGAGGAGUAAAUCCAGAUUCUAGUAGUCGACUCGGUUCGGUUAGAAGACCGCAAGAUUUAAUUCGAGAUCCUCGCGCGAAGAUUCAACGACAUCGGCAGGUCGUCCAGCGAGGAUCCGCCAGGAAAGAAUUCUGCUGCAUCGAGCAUGGAAUAGAAUAAAAAACAAGAUUAUCCUAUACUAAUAGAAUAAGGAGUUGAGAGUCACGACAAAGUUCAAAACUAGAAGCAUACACUGUUUCGAUCCGAGUAAAUGGAUGUAGCUGGUCGCUAUCACAGGAAACUGACUAAAUCCAUGUUCAAUUUAGUCGAAUCUCUGGUCGGCUAGAAGACUUCAAGAUUUAGUUGGAGACUCCCUCGGAAGGAGAUUCAACAAUAUAAGCGAGUCGUUAAGUGAGGUUUCGCAAGGAAACAAUUGUACUGCAUCGAGCAAUAGAAAUCUAACAAGGAGUCGAGAGUACGAUAAAGUCGAAAACUAGAAGCAUCACUGCUGCAAGACCUCAAGAACUCGAAAAUCCCUCGUAAGGACAUCAACGAUCCGAGCAAAGCAUCGGGUGGGAUUCCGCAAGAAAACGAUUGUUUAUUCUCGUCUCGAUCGAAUAGACUAGAAAGAAGGAUCCAAAAAUAUACGGUUCCUCCACUUGGAUUCGCGUAGAUCGAUGUAACUGGGCCCCUGGCGCUAUUACCGCUACUACCGCUACUACCGCUACUACCGCUAUCAACCAGCUCAGCUUUCCUCCGGAUCGUCCGCUCGUGGUUCCUCCUGAAGGGAGCGACGAAGGAUGUCCUGGUAGGCGGUGGAGGACCCGUGAAGAGCAUAACGAACGCGAGACCUCGACAAGGUCACCCCGGCAUCACCCUGGCUAACGAUUUGUCCGGAGGUACCGGGGGUCCGGGUGCAGGCGUCGGUUCCGUCGGCAGCACCUCCGUCGGCGGGAGUGGCGGCGGCUCGUCGAUACCGACGACAGCCCUCAGCCUCGACCACCAACAGUUCAACAUCUUCCCGGCGAUUUUCAGCAGACAGCUGAACUUCUCCGCGGCCGCCGCCGCCAACUGUGGCCAGAACAAGCUGAUGGACGAGUUAAGGCCGAACCUCGGUUUGCUCGGCGUCGGUCUCGUUGAGAACGACAGCUUUCACUUGAAUCACAACCAAGAGAAGAGGAAGUGCAGCAGUACCAGCUCGAACGAGCAAGAUUUCGGCCUCUAUGGGGUCCACCAGGGCCUCGAGGCUAGCCCGCCAACACCCGCCGCGACGCCCGGAAGAAGCAGCGUCGGAGCCACUUCCACUGUUGGUGCGGAGGGAGCUUUUAAAAAGUUAAAGCCCGAUCCUUGUGCUUCGAGUCCUCACAUCGGCCAUACUCCUACCACCGCUAGCUGUCCAACGCCUGCCCGACGGCGACACAGGACCACCUUCACGCAGGAGCAGCUGGCAGAAUUGGAAUCGGCAUUCGCAAAAUCUCAUUACCCGGACAUAUACUGUAGGGAGGAAUUGGCGAGGUCUACCAAAUUGAACGAGGCCAGAAUUCAGGUUUGGUUUCAAAAUAGAAGAGCGAAGUAUCGAAAACAAGAGAAACAGCUUCAGAAAGCUCUGACUCCAAUUCCUGCGUGUCAAGGUGCCAUGAUGAGGAACAUCUACCCUGGUGCUAGCAGAGGUUAUCAACCGUACCCUCAUCCUCAUAAUAGCAUAAACGGAAUAAAUCGUUACCCUCAGAUGGGCACAACGUCUUAUCCGAGUAUGACACAACCAUUUUCCAUGUCGCAUUCGGCGUCGAACAUGUCGGCAGUUACUGGUAUGAGACAAGAUGCAAUGGGAAUGUCAGCGGAGGACGAAUGGUACAACAAGAGCAUCUCUGCUUUAAGAAUGAAUACAGCUCAUCACCCGAAUCUUGCUGCUCCUAUGCUACAGUAUCAAACAUAAUUGUAAACGUUACAUAGGUGGGGCUACUCGAGAAAUUCACACAAGUAUUUGAAAUGCAAGCACGUCUUCGUUCGCACAACUCAGCAUUGCCAAAUUGUGUUGUCGAGGAAAGAAAUGAAAUUAACGAAAGAACAAUUAUUUCAAGGCACCACCGAGAUGACGUAGGGAAACGGUGAAAUGGAAAAUCAAAUUAACGCGAUUCUCGUGGCGCUUUUCAAGAAACGAAGAAAUCGUAUUACCAAACAAGCAUGAUACGCAAUCGUGCUACCGUUCCGGAUUUUGUCAGAAUUAUUUGUUUAUUGAUAAUUACGAUAGGAAGAGGACAACUCUGGUUGAUAAGUUGAAGUUAGCGAGACAUUGUCGAACAUUUCGUCAUACUGUUAAUGCUAUUUUGGUAAAGCUACUUUGUUAAUGACGCAAUAUCUACAAUUAAAUAUACGUAUUCGCACGUACUCUACGACUAUUAGUGAAAAUCUUUAUGUACACGAAUUCCAUGUGUAUUAUACAGGGUGUAAAACGAGUAAUUGCCUAGGCUUUCAUGGAUGAAGUAACAUGUUGAAAUUGUAGAAAAUACGUUGAAGAACAGGCAAAAUUCAUAUCGAUUCUGAAAUUCAAAGUCGAAUCUUUAUAUUCUUGGCUAAUCUAUUCGAUAAUGAGAUAAGAAGUUCGAAAGGAACCACACAUACCGAAAGAUUGUUAGCGUUCAUUUUAAUGUACAUUUUAUUACUUCAAAGAAAUUAGCCUUUAUCUUCCGUUAUCGUAUCGCAGUAAUUCUACAAUAAACAGAUUAAUAAAUUCUUAUUUUCUGUACAUUCAAAAAGUGGUAAUAUAAUUAUUAAUUAACGAAGACUGAAUCAGCUCUGAAUCAACGAGGAGAAUAUGCAACAUUACAAAAAUGUAUAUCUCUCACGAAUCUCUCGGAAUCAGAAUGCACAAAAUCAUCCAUGAAAUUCAAGAAAAAUUUUGCUUUACACGCUGUCCAAAGAACAACACAUUUUCUUCGCAUUUUUUUUUUAUACUUCAAUUAAACAGAAUUUAUUCAUAGGAUUUCGUGUUCUAACCUUCGACCGCUUGUAACAUUAGCGAUAAUACAUUCCAUGUAUUUUCGUCAAUUAUUCCAACUUGUUUUCGCUCAAGGAUAUAUACAAGGAUACAUUUCGCUGCAUAAUGAACGAAUCCAAGAGCGUUUUCGUAUAACUACACUUGUUCCUGGGAUGUGAAAGUAAGUUUUUCAUAUUUUGUUUCAAUGUUAUCUUUCAUAUUAUAGUACUGGUCAAUAAAAUCAGACAUUAAGACGUUAAAGAGGUGUUUCUUGUUUCGCGAUAUGGUACGCGGUUCGAAUACAGGGUGUCCUUUAAGCUCUGCAUUGAAAAUACCUGCAUUGCUUUCGAUGAUACGGAGAAAACGGAAACAAAAGGAAAAUGUUUUCAAGAUUAUUGCCGAUUUGUUAAUUGGGGUAGGAUUUGUUUAUUAUCAUAAUAUUGCAAUAACACUACUAUAACAUUGUGAACAAGUUCUGUAGUAUUAUAUUAUUGCACAUUUAAUGAUAUGAACCUUUUAACUUGCUAAUAUCGUCGUAUGGUUCCCAUCUAAACCAAACGUUUCUCCUUCCGCCACGUACCUUCGUAUCAUUGAAAGCAACGGAGAUACUUUGCGUACAAAGCUUGGAAGUCUCAACCUGUGUAAUAAUUAAUCGAUACGGAUCCGCAACGUGGAACCCGACGCGCGCAUGAUCCACGCGAUAAUUCGUUAGUUUUCUUAACAACGAUCCAGAACAUUUUCGUUAAUGGAGGGGGACUUGUAAAUAAGGGCGAGAUACAUAUACAGUGUACUCAACAGAUAUUCUAGCAUAUGCGAUUUUUCAAUGUCCUUUUAAGAAUGUAAGCCAUACCUACCCUUAGUGGAAUAUUAGGCAUUGAUUUGUGUGCUUAUGUUGGCCAGAAUUUUAAAUAAUCGGGGAAGGGAGGGUAGAUGAGGGUAACUGACGAUUCUUGCGUUCGAAAUUUGAAGGGCGCCAGGUUUCAAUCAUUUCUAACGCUUAUCUAUUCUCUGAUCGAUAAAUGAAAUAAUCGUUUUCUUUGCGUUUACAUUUAUCACAGAAACUUGACUCUACUCUUUCUAUUCGUUCGAAACGAAUAUUCUAUCUACAGAUUCAAGGAAUGUAGUUUCUCUAUUUUCUUUAAUAUGAAAUUUUCUUUUAAAAUGUGUGUUACUUCAACGCCUAAGACUAUCAACGACCAAUACUUUGCGUUAUACUUAUUCGAAAUACUACAACGUAUUUGAAAUUAAAGGGGCUGGAUGAAUUUAUGAAUAUAAUUCUCUUUUCCACUAAUUGUCACACAAAAUUGUGACAAAGGCAUCGUUAAUAACCGAGUUAUUAUAAGAAGAAAUUGGAAGUACGUCGGAAUGACCGAUAUGUUGGUUUUGGUGUUAAAGAACAUAAAAGAUAUUUGUCGAACAAGAAUUUUCGUUUGUUUAAAAAUGGCCAAAUUGCCCGUUCUCCCUGGCGCCUUUCAGUGGUGAUAUUUGGAGUCUGUCCAAUCAACAAUCGUCUAUAUUGGUGUCAUUUUUCGAUAAGUGUCUAAUCCAUAUAUUGAUCGAGAAUGGAGUUGCAGACGACUGCAUUGUUUUCAUGUAGUUUCUCUGCGACCUUAUUGCUAAUAUCACUCGCGGUGUUCCACGCGAAAUGUUCCUAAAAAUUUGUAACAUAUCACAUGACACACGAACACACAUGCACUUACACAUACACGUGUGUACGGUACAGGAGCGCAUAAAAUGAAAAGAAAGAAGAAAACGUAUACACUUUCACACACGAACACACCACGUAUGUCGAGGGGAAAAAAAAGUUUAGGAGGCGUUAAAGAUUAAGUGGAAAUGCAUACCGGGGGCGACGUAACAUAGUUUUAAGCAAGGGUCACGUAUUGUACGUAUGUGUUGUACAUAGCCUAAAUAAAAAUUACAUUUAAAAUUACACCCUGUUCAUAGAAUUUCCCGAUUGAAAUUAGAAAGAAGAGUAUUAUUAAAUACCUUCAAAGAAGGUAUCAUCAAACUUUUAUG